UCUAGUUGUCUACGGUAUAGUGUCAAACGAAAUCUCGAAAUUAUUGAAACUUUACGAGACAAAGAGUGUUAUUAAUUUUUAAAACGCAAUUCGAAAAUUAAUUGUGCACAAUGUCGUCAAGAAAAAAGGUUCUUCUGAAAGUUAUAAUAUUAGGAGACAGUGGAGUGGGUAAAACAUCUCUCAUGAAUCAGUUUGUCAACAAGAAAUUUUCCAAUCAGUACAAGGCUACCAUAGGCGCAGAUUUUCUUACAAAGGAGGUAAUUGUUGAUGAUAGAAUUGUCACAAUGCAAAUAUGGGAUACUGCGGGCCAGGAACGGUUUCAGUCACUAGGAGUGGCGUUCUAUCGCGGGGCGGAUUGCUGCGUAUUAGUGUUUGACGUAACUGCCCCGAACACAUUCAAGUCCUUGGAGAGUUGGAGAGAUGAGUUUUUGAUACAAGCAUCGCCCCGAGCUCCGGAGAACUUCCCUUUUGUAAUUCUAGGUAAUAAAGUUGAUUUGGACAACCGAGCAGUUUCGGCGAAACGUGCCCAACAAUGGUGUCAAAGUAAAAAUGAUAUUCCAUAUUUCGAAACAAGUGCUAAAGAAGCUGUCAAUGUGGAACUUGCAUUUCAAACCAUAGCUCGAAAUGCUCUAGCUCAAGAAACUGAGGCGGAGCUCUAUAAUGAGUUCCCUGAUCAGAUUAAGUUAAAUGCAAAUGACAACAACCGCAACCGAGAUGGUGACAACUGUGCCUGUUAAGCUCUCAAGUAACAAUAUCAAGAUUGGUGAUACAGAAGUCCCAGCUUUAUAUUUAACAGAUAACUUAGAGUAUAUCAUAAGUGAUUCAGUAUCAUGUAAAAAUGUACAGGGGUUGUAGGAAAUUCAUGUUGUUUGGUUGUUGUACUCCUAUAUAUUAUGUAAAGCUGAUAUCAGAUGUUUAAGUUAUAUUACUUUAUAAUCAUAUUAGCCUCUAUAAAGUACAUUAAUAUUGUUUUAUUAGACUUGUUAAAGUUAUUUUAGUGUGUUUGUCACUUAACAUUCAUAAUAUGCCAUUUUGGAUUUAUAACUCACUUUACAUUUAUAUCUUAUGGCAUUCCGGUUAUCUUUUACUUACUAUGUAGUGAUAUAAAUUUUUUUAAAGAUAUUUUUCCAAAUUGUGAUACAUUUGUGUUGAAGCCUUUAUUAUUGAAUUAUUAAACAUGUUAAAUUUAACUUGUAGUAAGUACUACAUACUCAUACAUAAAAGGUAGAGGCAUUCAUCUCAAGUUAUAUCAUAGUAAAUUCAGCAAUGUUAUUAUAUUUUAUAACAAGUAUAAAACAUUCUGUAUAUAUUUGACUUUUUUUAAACUAGAUUUAAGUAGAUAAUGUAAUAGAAAAUUUAUAACAUUACUCAGUGUUUUGUGUUUUAUAAAAAUAUGGCACCUAGUUUAGAUUAAUUUCAUUUGAUAAUUUGUAUUUAAUACUAAAUUUAACAUAACAAUGGGUUUUGAAACCAAAAUAAGAAAAUUGGUAUAAUUAUGUGUACAUUAUAAAAGAAAAGUGAGAAUAGGAAAGCAAGUGCUUUACUUUAUUGAUAAUAUUUAAUUCUCAUACAGCAUUCAUAACUAUUCUUGCUUGCUUAAUAUCACAAAAAUAUACUGUUAAUUAGUUAUUCUAACAUUAUGGCCUUGUAUGAUGUAGCAGAUAUGACUAUUGUUAAAAUUUUAUAUCAUAUUCAAAGUAUAUAUUAAAAAACUCAUUAUUUUUGUUAUGCUGCUCAUGUGGUUUGAGUGAAUCAGAAAAGCAUCCAUUGGAUCUACUUUAAAAAUAAUAUUACACUGUAAUCAGUUUUUGCUUUUAUUUUAUGUCAAUAAACUAAAAUUAUACCUGC